UUUUGUUUUGGUUGCCAGGUGCCAGGCAGAGAAGAAUGACAAUUAUCUGAAGAAAAAGAGGCACAAAGACGUGUCACCUGUACAGCUACGAUGGAAAUCAUGGAUGCCCGGUGUGCCUUGGAGGCUGUGGAGAGGCUCCAAGUCAAACUGAAGGAGAGAGGAGAAGCCCAGGAGAAACUUUCUUUGUUAAAGCAGGUCCUGCAGAGCCCCCUGUUCCAUCAUAUCCUCAGUUUACAGCGAGAUCAGCCCCUGGCAAAAAGCUAUGAUGGGAAGAAAGUUUCCAAAUCCAUGUCCAUGAACUGCGGUCCAUGUCAGGGCGUGAAGCCGCUGAGCCACAGUGAGUCCUACACGUGGGCAAUGGAGAACCAAAGACCCAGGUCUCUUUGCAGAGACGGCAGUACCUCCUCUCUGAGCUCACAGGAGGUCUCUGACCUUUAUCCAGACAAUGGCAUUUAUGUUGAAUCUCAGUACUGCACUCCGCCUCGUAUCUCCAGGACAAUGUCGAUGGGGAGACACCUGUCUGCGAUCGCUCAUGAGAGGCGUCACAUAGAGAUGAUCGAGCUGGCCAAUGAUGGUAAGGGGCUUGGUUUUGGCAUCAUUGGAGGGCGAAGUACAGGAGUCAUCGUGAAGACGAUCCUUCCAGGAGGAGCUGCUGGACGGGACAAGCGCCUGCGGAGCGGGGAUCAGAUCCUGCGCAUUGGAGACACUGACCUGGUGGGCAUGAACAGUGAGCAGGUGGCACAGGUGCUGCGAAAUUCCGGCACUAAAGUCAAACUGCUCAUUGCCAGGGAUAUGACAAGAGACAACCACCUUUUGUCUCCCAUCCUCAGCCAGAACAGCUCAAACGGAAAGCUCACUGACUUGGACGAUGAUUAUGAGUUUCACGUGGAAUUCACUAAAAACAGCCGCGGCCUUGGCUUCACCAUCUCCAGUUAUGUAGGUGAUCUGAACUCAGUCUACAGUGCUGGCGUUAUGGUGAAAAACAUCGUAAAAGGAAGCACCGUAGAUCAGGACAGUUGCAUCCACAAUGGAGACAUCAUCCUGUCUGUGGAUGGGGUGAGCCUGCAGGGCUGCAGCGAGCAGCGGGCCAUGGAGGUGCUGACGAGGACGGGGCCACUGGUCAGACUGAAACUGCUGAGGAAAGCUGUUUAUCAGAGUCACAUCAUGCCUCCGGUUCCCCCUCUCCAGCCCCUCCGGCACUCACACAGCAUCCCUGAGGGCAAUCCCUACAAAGUGGGCCUGAACAAAACACAGGAAACAGGAAUUUGCUCUCUUCGUGAAAUCUCCAGGCGAGCUGCUUGCAGACGAUUCCGACACGAUUUCCAAAACGGAGUGAAACUGUCACCAGCUGAGGAGGAAGACCUGCGGAAGAGGUGGCAGCAUGCAGUCGGACCACGAUAUGAAGUUAUUGUGUGUCAGCUGGAACGUUUCAGCCAGACAAGCGGUCUGGGCAUCAGUCUGGAGGCUCGAGCAGGUCAUCACUACCUGUGCUCUGUCUUACCUGAGGGGCCCGUCGGUCAGUGCGGCAAGAUAUUUGCUGGAGACCAGAUAAUGGAGGUGAAUGGGAUCCCUCUUGUUGGAGAGACGCAUAAAGAGGUGGUCAACAUUCUGAAGGAGCUGCCGAUGUGCGUAUGCCUGGUGUGCUCUCGAAUCCUACCACCAACCCUCCUCGACAGCGAUGAGGAAGACGGCGACGAUGUCUGUCUCACUCUGAAAGAGCUGCUGGCUGAGUUCAAUGACAAGCUGGACCAGGGAUGUGUCAUUCCAUGCCCUACGGCGGAUGACAUCACCAAGCGUGGCGUGCCCCCCAUGUCACCUCCUUUGGCCAUGUGGGAAAGAGAGGCUCAAGUGAUCGAGCUGGAAAAAGGAGAAUCAGGACUCGGCUUCAGUAUCUUGGACUACCAGGAUCCAGAAGAUGCCACUAAAACAGUUCUGGUAAUUCGGUCCCUGGUGCCUGGAGGUGUCGCGGAUCGAGAUGGCCGUUUGCUUCCCGGUGAUCGACUCAUGUUUGUUAAUGAAACCGACCUGGAAGGUUCCAGCCUGGACUAUGCAGUCCAUGUCCUAAAGUCCACUGGCUAUGGUCCUGUAUACAUCGGUGUUGCCAAACCAUUACCACUGGAGCUGUGCGGUGGUUUAACGCCCAUCUCUGAGAGGAGCACGAGGGCGUCCUACGAUGACAACACCAGUCAGUCUCAGAUCAGCCUGCUAGCGGAAGCAGCGGAGGCUAACAGCGGCACCAAUACUUGCAACUUUGAGGACAACAGUGUUGUCCAGCCGUGUUGCACUGCAGCGGCACAUCAGCUGCAUCAGCGCUUUCGUAUCAUGGAGGAUAUCGACAUGCAGGAAGCUCCGCCUCUGCCACCUCCCACACGCUUCGAGAGGACAAUCACUGUUGUCCGGGGCAACCGUAGCCUUGGCAUGUCUGUGAGUGCUAUCAAGGAUGGCUCAGGUGUGCUGGUGCGCAGUGUGGCCCAGGGAGGUUGCAUCAGCCACGAUGGCAGGCUCGGGGCAGGGGACACUAUCUUGGCCAUCAACGGAGAACCAACCACAAAUCUGACCAUGGCCAAGGUCAGGGCCAUGCUCCGCCGCCACUCAGUUAUAGGUCCAGAGCUGAGGAUAACCUACGUCCCGGCCCAUCAGGUGGACGAGUACCGUACUUGUCUAUGUUUGCCACCUUUGGCGUCCAUCGCAGCAGACAGUGACCCUUCCUCGCCCACGCUGCCAACACCUUCUCCAGAGCCACCGUCACCCCGAUCGGCCAGUCAACUCCAAACCUCAGCUUCAACGUUGGAUUCGCUCACUGUCAAAGCGUCUUCUUCAUUCAAAUUUAAAGCUGCUGCUUUAGAUCCCACCACAGCCGGUGUGUCUGCAUUUUCUAAAGUCCCGACCAUCAACCCAGCUUCUGACUCAAGAGUUAUGGAAACUGACUUUGUAGGUGAGGGACGUUUUACUGAUCUUGACUUUGUGAAAAAUGCUGUGAUCUUUACAGAACCAGUGGAUGCUCUGAUUGCAGCUCUUCAGAAGAAGGAAGAAGCAAAUGAAGAUGGACAUACUCUGGAGGAGAAAAAGGAUAAGAAUAGCACAGGUGGAAUUGUACCAAAGCUGGAGGUGGAUGGAAAAGAAGAGGUAGAAGAUGGGUUCCAUUCUCAUGCCAUUGUGUCGUGGGAUCAUCCGAGAAGCGUGCAGUUGAUGCGAGCAGCCGGCCAGUCCCUGGGUAUCAGCAUAAUGGGUGGCAGAGGUAUGGGCCGCAGACUAAGCAGUGGAGAGAUGAUGAGGGGAGUCUUCAUCAAACACAUCAGCCCCGACAGCCCAGCAGCACAUAACGGCACCCUCCGGCCCGGAGACAGGAUACUUGAAGUGUGUGGUGUGGAUCUACGACAUGCAAGCCAUGAGCAGGCGGUGGAAGCCAUCCGCAGUGCUGGAGACACUGUGAUGUUCCUGAUCCAGUCUGGACAAGACAAAAUGGAGUCGCUGAUGUGCUCCAGCCACGACAGACUAACUCCUUCACCAUUGACCAAUGCCCACAGGAGCAGCAGUAAUAAGGAAGCAGAGGUUCCCAGCGGUCUGUUCGUUAACCUCUCCCCUACAAACCCCUUCACUCCCAUUCCCUUUAAGGUACCAUCGCCAACACUAAAAAGGAAGGAUCAGAGAAGCCCCAUAACUGUUAAGACAGCAGUCACGGUGACAGCGGAAGAUGAGGAUGAUGGCAGCAGAAAAAAGAUGCUGGAGCGUUAUGGCACCCUGUCAGGGAAACUCCACAUGAUUGAGCUGGAGAAGCACCCUGAUGCCCACAGUCUGGGAAUCGCUCUCACAGGAAACAAAGAUGGUUCUCGUGCCCGUAUGAGCAUCUAUGUGGAAGAUAUAGACCCUCACGGACCAGCUGGGCAGGAUGGGAGAAUCAGGGUUGGGGAUGAGCUCCUGGAGAUCAAUGGUCAGAUCUUAUACGGCAGGAGCCACCAGAAUGCCACCACCAUCAUUAAUAAUGUUCCCUCUAAAGUCAAGAUCAUUCUCAUCAGGAAUAAAGAAACUCUGGAUGAAAUGAGCCAAAGACCCACAGCCGAGAGCCGAGACACAAUAGACUCAAAGCCCAACUCUGCAGAGCAUGACAGAUUACCCUCAGACCUCCAGCAUAUCGUCCUACCUCAGGAUCAUGUUGGUCUUGGUCUCUGCCUGGCGGAAGAGGAUUCAAAGGAAGGUGUUGUGGUCAGGUCCCUGAUUCAGCAUGGCACUGCCAGUAAGGAUGACAGGAUAAAGGUCGGGGACAGGAUUGUAGCAGUCGGUGAUGAAGCUGUGGCUGGGCUGUCGGUGGAAAAGGUGUCCGAUUUGUUCCUCAAACACAGAGUGACUGUCAAGCUCUCCAUUAGCCGCUCCUCCUCUUCCUCGCAGAGUAUUCCUACCUCUUCUUCUUCUUCCUGCUCUCUCUCUCCUGCUUCCACGCUACCUCGACCCAUCUGCUCCCCUUCAUCAUCAUCAUCCCUCAGCACCGUGGAUACUUCUCCUGCCAGACGGUCUGAUUUGCUUGGGUUCCUGUCUGCUGCUUCGGACCCGUUAAGCUGCCCAGUGGUGGCCGGCGCAGAAAGCACCAUCGAGAUUUUUAAAGGAAACCUUGGCCUGGGCCUCAGCAUCGUGGGAGGAUGCGACACUCUGCUGGGGGCAGUAAUAAUCCAUGAAGUGAAUUAUGGAGGAGCCGCUCAGAGAGAUGGAAGGCUGCAGGCUGGAGACCAGAUAUUAGAGGUAAAUGGUAUCGACAUGCGACAGGCCACGCAUGACGAGGCCAUCGCAGUGCUGCGGCUCACCACCCAGCGUGUUCGUCUCUGUGUGUUUCGGCACAAGGAGGCGUACCGGGAGGAGGACUUGUGGGACGUCUUCAGCGUGGAGCUGAAGCCUCGUCCCAAACAGGAGCUGGGGUUUACCACUGUGGGAAAGAGUAAUGACACGGGCAUCUUCGUGUCAGAUAUCAUCAAAGGAGGUGCUGCAGAUUCCGAUGGGAGGUUGUUGCUAGGUGACCAGAUUCUGUCAAUCAAUGGGAAUGAUGUGCGUGCUGCAUCACAGGAACAUGCCGAGAAGCUGCUGCAGAGCUUCGCCGGAGCGGUCCACCUCGAGGUCGCUCGUUUCAAAGCGGGCCUGCAGUACCCACAGCGGAGCCAGAGCGAUGACUCCGAUUGUUCCACGCUGACCCCCUCCAGUGGGUGUGAUGCUUCCCUCGAACGCCAGAGGGAGACAGAGAAAGCUGGGAGCUGCACUGUAUGUCAAGUGCAACCGGAUGCCAGAAAAGUAAUCAUGCAGAAGGGUCCAUCUGAUUCCCUGGGCAUCAGCGUGGCAGGAGGAGUGGGCAGUCCACAUGGCAGCACACCUGUUUUUAUUACUGCCAUGGAUACCAGAGGACUGGCUGCCCAAUCAAAGCAGUUACAGAUUGGAGACAGGAUUGUGAGUAUCAAUGAUGUGUCCACAGAGGGGAUGACUCAGCCCCAUGCCGAAGCGCUGCUGAAAAAAAACGGAACAAUCAGUCUGCAGGUGACAGCAGGUGCUGGAGGAUGCAGCACACAGAAUCACUGUGAAGUGUAUGCCCAGUCAUCACUCCCACCCAGCAACCUGCCGUGUUUUCACAACAAUCUCUGUACUCGUACAUACAAGACCAUAACUCUGGAGAGGGGUUCCUCUGGCCUGGGCUUCAGCAUCGUAGGAGGGUUUGGCAGCCCUCAUGGAGACCUACCGAUCUACAUCAAAACUGUCUUCAACAGGGGAGCAGCCGUAGAGGACGGCAGUCUGAAACGCGGCGAUCAGAUCAUUGCUGUGAACGGCCACUGUCUGGAGGGCGUGACUCAUGCCGAAGCAGUGGAUAUCCUCAAGAGGACCAAAGGGACCGUCAUCCUGACAGUGCUCUCCUGAAACACGGCCCUUAAAAUUUACAGUCGUACAGCUUCACACAGAUGUGGGAAAAGUAAGAUCACUGCCACUACAGUGA